GAGGGUGUCCCCCAGGCGCCCCUGGCCUGAGCGGCUCCCGCCUGGCGGCGGCGGCGGCAACGCUUGCGGACCCUCAGGGACCCGAGGACUAGGCCGCGGGACCGCGCCCCCAAGUAGCAGAAAGAGAAUGAAAGAAGUAGAUAAUCUUGACAGUGUAAAAGAAGACUGGGUUUGUGAAACAGGACCUCCUGACAAUCAGCCCCUCAAUGAUAAUCAGCAAAGGAACUGUGACUAUUUCGUUGACAGCCUUUUUGAGGAAGCAGAGAAGGUUGGCAAAUGCUUGUCCCCCACUGAACAGAAGAAACAGGUAGAUGUAAAUAUAAAAUUGUGGAAAAAUGGAUUCACAGUCAAUGAUGACUUUAGAAGUUACUCUGAUGGUGCAAGUCAGCAGUUUCUGAACUCCAUCAAAAAGGGGGAAUUACCUUCAGAAUUACAGGGAAUUUUUGAUAAAGAAGAGGUGGAUGUUAAAGUAGAAGAUAAAAAAAAUGAAGUAUGUAUGUCUACAAAGCCUGUGUUCCAGCCCUUCUCAGGACAGGGUCACAGACUAGGAAGUGCUACACCAAAAAUCGUUUCUAAAGCAAAGAGUAUCGAAGUUGAGAAUAAAAGUGCUCUGUCUGCUGUUUCACUGAACAACUUGGAGCCCAUCACCAGGAUCCAGAUCUGGUUGGCCAACGGGGAAAGGACUGUCCAAAGAUUUAAUGUUUCUCAUAGGGUGAGCCACAUCAAAGACUUCAUUGAAAAAUACCAAGGAUCUCAGAGAAGCCCCCCCUUUGCCCUGGCAACAGCUCUUCCUUUUCUCAGACUUCUGGAUGAGACACUGACAUUGGAAGAAGCAGAUUUACAGAAUGCUGUAAUCAUUCAGAGACUCCAGCAAACUGCGGAGCCUUUUAGAAAACUCUGAUAGUUUUGAG